AUGACGACCCUCGUACGCACCCGUCUACCGCUUCAGGACUUGAGCAUGAGCAACCAGGCCAGCCGCCGCAGCAGCAAACGCAUUGCUGCUACCUCUGUGUACGAUGAGCAGGAUGGCGACUUUACAUUCACACGCGGCUCCAAGCGGGCCAAGACGACAGCUGCGCCGGAGCUGGCCGCACCAGCAGCAGAGAAGAAGAGCAGACAGAGCACAGGACGGAGGCGCGGCGCCAUCCCCGCAUCACCACCGUUGACAACACGGUCGUCCACCACCUCGCCACAACAAGUAGAGCCCCAGUCAAAACCGGUCGCGUCGACACGGCGACCCGGGCGGCCGCCAAAAGCCGCCAAGACAUUACCACCGCCGGUCGAUGAAGACGAAGAAGACGAGAUUUCUGCGCGGCCCGCGCCAGCAGCCAAGUCGAAGCGGAGGACACGUACAUCGUCUGAGCGGGUCGAAGAGCCAGUACCACCGCCAGCGCCAGUACCACCAGCACCACGCGGUGCUUCCAGUGGCCGGGGACGCAAACCGCGUGGGAGCACAGCCAAGCGGCGAGAACCCGAAGUGGCGGGCGGGGACAACGGUGAUGACGACGAUGUUGCUGUUGUAGACAGCGCCGACACGAGCAACGACAACACGAACGACAUGAGCAGGACCCCACCAAGCGAGAGUGUGCAUCACCAGACGAUCGCGCUGCCGUUUAGCGACACGCCCAUCAUCAACCGCAACAAGGAGCUCCGGCGGAAAACCGGGCAGCGGCGCAGCAGUGUGGGCAUGCGUGGACGGCGCGCGAGCUCGCUGAUUGACAACGGACACAGCGCGCUGCCGCACCGCGAGGUCGACGCAGCCGAAUUCUACAAGCACAUUGAGGCGGAGGGGCUGCCGGAGCCGCGGCGGAUGCGGCAGCUGCUCAUGUGGUGUGGCGAGCGGGCGUUGUCAGAGAAGCCGCCGCACGGCUCGGCCAACUCGAGUGCGCUCUUGGGUGCCCGCGCAAUACAAGAUCAGUUGCUGAAGGACUUUGCAAACCGGGCGGAGUUCUCCAACUGGUUCGGUCGCGAUGAGCUGCCCGACGACGAGGCCCAGAAGCCCAAGAAGCCCGUAGUACUCAAGCCGAAUCCGCGCAACAUUGAGCACGAGGAGAAGAUUGCCGAGCUCGAGGCGAGGAUCAAGAGGUGCGUCAAAUGGAUGGAAGGCGGAAGGGCUGGGGCCAAGCAAUCUGAAUUUGCCAAACUAACAACACCCUGCAGGUUAAAAGAGGAAAAGAAAAAAUGGAUGUCGAUGGCAAAGCCAACGCUCGACUUGCAGCCCUUGUACGCGGCCGACGCCAGCCCCGCCGAUCUCGCCAAGGUGCCACCACUACCCGACGAGAGCCUUCUCGACCCGGAGGAGGCAAAGAUGCUGCAGGCCGUCCUGCCACGGCAACAGCAAUCAGAAGCAGAAGCAACCUCGGACGCAGCCGCUUUCCGGGCCCAAAUACAAGAGCGCGUCGGGCAUUUACGAACAGCGGCGGCGUUCCAGGUCGACCACCUGGCAGCCAACGUGCACGUUUUAGACCAACGGGUGGCUGUGGCGGGGCGGGAGGCGGACCUGCUGUUGCGACUGGGUGCAGCGCGGCUCAAGGCACGCGAAGACCGCGAGAAGGCGGCCGUGGGCACGCGGGAGAUGCCGGUGAUGGAAGUGCUGCGGAGUCUAGGCAGGAUCCUGCCGGAAGACAGCGGAGGUGGGAGCAGUGGCAGUUGA